CAUGUCUGUGGUGAUGAACUCCUGCUAUAGAAAUUUUGACCUCUCAUGGCGGGACGUUCCCUGGCAGGCUAUCUCCAUCGCUGUCGGAAUCAUGACGUUCACCUACAACUAUCGCGAGACCAAGAAGAAAGAAACACGGCGGAACAAACUCAACCACAUCAACGAGCAGCUCUCUAAGCUGUACGGACCUCUCUACGGGAACAGACUGUCUAAUCGUAAGAGCUAUCUUGAGGCAAUCGAAGGCCAAAAAAAUCUCCGAGACUAUCUACAUGUUGCUAAGUCAAAAUGGCAGAACCCACAAACUAAGGAUGAAGGUAUAAGGAUGUUGACUAGGUGGCGAAAGUUUCUGUUCUACAUCACACACCCACUCGAUCUUAAAGCAGAGGAGACCAUAAGAGACAACGCACAUCUCUUUGAGUAUGGGGUAGAGGAAGCGGAACUCUUUCAGAAUUUCAUCUUUCACGUCAACUAUGAGAAACUCAUCGUAGCAAGUUGGAGGGAAGGGGAAGACGUUUUUGGUGUCAAACACGCUUUCAGCGAGGAGGAUUUUGUUCGCGAAAACAACGCGGGGAAAUCGGACGAUAAGACGUCAAAAAUGCUGACAGACUUGGUGGAACAUGUCCGGGAGACAUACGCUACGCUUGUCGCUAGGCAACAGAAGUUAAUGAGGGAGAUGGACGAGGCCUCGGGGUGAAUUUAGCCUCUGGCAGUUGAACAUAUUUCCGCUAGGAGCCGCUGUUUAUUGGUUAAAUCAUAUUAGGCCACAGCACGUAAAUUUUAUGGAUGACAUCCUCC